AUGUCUACACUUCAUAAGAAGCAGUCCGCCAAUCUUGGCGCAGCUUCACCGCGUGUUGUUGUCGACUCCCCGGGUUCUAAGUCGGACCAGGGCGGUGGCGUCCGCCUCGAUGUCGGCUUGGAGAACAUUACUCUGGACGAUACGCCCCCGUCGGUCGCUCGUGGUACCGCUAAGGCUCCUGGUGGCCACGAGAUUGAUAAACCCAGUACCAGUAAUGGCCACGAUAGUCAAGUCCUUGCGCAACAGCAUGGUGACGAAGAAGAUCAUGGUAACGUACCUUUCCAGCUAGGAAAGCGUACCGAUGAUGGAGAUGUGUUUGAUUCUCCCGGGAAGAUUCAUGACGCUAGUUCCUCGGACUUGGGUCGCAUGUCUGCCAUGGGACAUGCUUUGGCAUUCUCGACUGCUACACACUUUUCGACUUCUGCGUCACCCUCUGGAUUCGGCUCUACUAUGCAGGGUGUCAUCCCCAACACGAAACCGGUUGCUAUCCUGCGUAAUCGUGCAUCCGAUUUGAGCAGUAGAGCUCAAGUUGGGGGCGUCGAUGCCCAGACGUUCUACCCUGCAACUGCUUGUGUCUUCGUUGCCAAUUUGCCGGAUUUCGUCCGCGAUUCGCGUCUUGAGGCAGAAUUGACUCGAGCUUUCAGCAAGUUCGGUAUCGUCUUUGUGAAAAUCCGCCGUGAUCAGCGCAACAUGCCGUUCGCUUUCUGCCAAUACACGAAAGACGAGGAUGCUCGACAAGCGGUAGUCCAAGGCCGUGGAAUCUUGAUCGAAGGACGCCCGUGUCGCACGGAGAUGGUGAAGGCGAACCGAAGCUUCAUCAUCUAUAGCGUUCUUGGAGACGAAGUGGCUGUUGAGGAAGCCCGUAAGCAAAUGCAGGUAUUCGGUCCGAUCAGCAAGUGUGAACUGCUGCACCCUCAAAUCCAGGCUGCCAUGCAGAUUAAGGGAGGUGUGUUAAUAGAAUACACCAAUUUUGACGCUGCUCGAGACGUCAUCGGCGCAUAUCGACACAAUCCUACGUAUCGUGUCGCUGCGUAUGAUCUCAAAAAGACCCAGCAAACCCCGAAAAUGGAUCCGGAUGAGGCAUGGCUUCAGCGAUAUGAAGUUGAUCGUCGAUCGAUUUACGUUGGGAACCUCCCAGUCGAGGAGCCUGAUCUUGAGAGACAGCUAACUCAGUUAGCUGAAGAGGUCGGCGACGUUGAGAAGGUGCAAAUCGUCCGAAAGGAGGCCGCCACAGGUCGUCCGACACCGAUUGCUUUCGGGUUCGUUGAGUUCUCUCGCCCAGAUAUGGCGGACUUAGCUGUAAAGCGCCUAGCUGGAAAGGUUUUGUCUGGUUCCGUGAUUCGAGUUGAGCGUAAAGCUAGCAAAGAAUCUCAAAGCAUUCGCCGAGCUCAGCUGGAUGCGCCUUUUCCCAGGGUGGAUCAAACACCGACCCCAAGUGGAAGAAAGAAGGUUCAGCUCACACCUAUGAAGACGACCGAGCCCACAACGCCGUCUCGCGCGGAGCGCUUCUUGCCGCCUUCGACUAGCAGCAACGGAUCGAUGUCGUCUACAACCCAGUUGCACCAGCUGCACCGAGUCCAGUCACAGGGCUAUAUCCCGUACACAGGCCAGAGUUUCGGAAGCCCUACCCAUUACGCGCAAACACCUCGCCCAGGUGCGAACGCAUUCCCGGCCACGCCGCAGGCAACCCCUGGAAUAGUCAGCCCAUUGACUCCUUACUACGGCACCCCGUACUCAUGGAUGACACCGUAUCUCCAAGAUCCUAAUUAUGCACCAAUGGCAUACUUUGAUCCGUACUCGCAUCUUGCUCCCGCUCAGGGACUGUCCGCGGAGGAGAUGGCGCGCACUCCCAACGGCCGUGGCGUCGGAAACCUUGAAUGUGGCGGCGAUGGCUCGGCACAGCGUGAGGCGUAG